GGAAACCAUAAUGAUAUUUCGUUUCUUAUUAGUCAUUUCCAUAAGCACUUUUAGUGUGUUCGGAACUUCAAUAUAUCAUCGAGUUUUCAAAAUAUACGUAUUCGAAAUUCAUUCCCAUAUUCAACUUAUUUAAUUCCGCUAUACGCUAACGCGAGUUAAGUCAGUGAUUAUUUACGAGGAUUGGCAAAGUGUGUAUUUCAAUAACAAUCAUUCAUACGAUCUAUCUGGAGUCAGAUAUGUGGCCACAAAACUUCAAUCAGUAUCGUAAAAUUACUGCUCAAGAAGAUUCAUUUGAAUUCAGUUAUUGGGCUUGAAUCAGACGGAACAAAAACUAUUUAUCUCAACAUUGUCAUGAUAUACCAGGAUUGACAAUAAAACGAUUAUAUUUCGAAUUAACUGGAGCUGUAAUCUAUUCUCAUCCAAAUUAUGCUCAACUAUAUGAAAAUAUUCAUAAAAAUAUACAUCAAUCAAAAUCAAAAUCAAACUUAUUUAAACAAAAUAAUAAAACUAAUAUUAAUAAUCAUAAAAAAUCGAUUAAAUUAUCGAAUAAAUUUGUAACAGUUGAUGAAACUAUUUUUCCACAACCGUAUACUUCUCAUAAACAUCGAAAAAACCAUCUAAAUUCAAUAGUAAUGACGACAACAACAACAAUGACAACAAAGGUGUUAAAACAAUCAACUGAAACUGUAACAAAUCGUAAUCAAUUAGAGAACAACCUUGAUCAUAAGUAUCCAGUUAAUUUUAGUUGUGAAAUUUAUAUUCAUUCACGUGUUAACUCACGUAUUAUGAUAAGAUUUCAAUCAUUCUAUAUACCAUCACAACAGCAUUUAUUAUGUGAUGAAAACUAUCUAUAUUUAUUUGAUUCAAAUACACCACAGUAUCGUGCUAUGGCAGAAGCCGGUGGUGAAAGAGGUCUUUGUCAGCAUCAUUUCCCUACACAACCAAUUUUCACAACAAAAUCAUUUGUUACAAUUGUAUUCAGAUCAACAACAUUCUCAUCAUCUUCAUCAAUGGAUAUGGAACCUGGCUUCAAAUUAAUACUUACAGCAAUAACUGAUGCAAAAUCUACAGGUGUUUGUGAAAAUAAUGAAUUCUUUUGUGGACAUAUAUCAGUGGAACCAUCUCAGUUAUCAUAUAUGCACAGAAACAAACGUUUAAUAACCAAUAUACUAAACUCAUCUGAUAAAACAAACUAUUCCACUGAUAUUCAGCCAAUAACUACUAAACACAUUUUACAAAACAUUGUUCAAAAUAAUUUAUCAAAAGUUAAAUCAGUCAAACUAAAACAACGUCGAGCAUCCAAACGUAAAGAUUAUGGUUAUUGUAUUUCAAGAUUACUUCAAUGUGAUAGUAUUGUACAUUGUCAUAAUGCAAGAGAUGAGUUACCUAGUUUACGAAUGAAUCCAUCAGAUUUACCUCAUCAAUUAUUACAUGCAUUAGUUGGUGCUUAUCUUACUCCUGCUGAUUUAAACAAUGUUGGUUGUACAGUAUAUAAAUUAAACAAUGAUCCACUUAUAAACAAUAAUAAUAAAUACACAUUAGUCAAAAGUUUAUUUCCUAGCUCACAAAUGGAAAACAACAGAACAAAUUUACCACCUUUUUUCCCAAUCAGCUCAACAGCUAACACACUGAUAAUUGGAUGUAUUAUACUAGUCUCUUUUGUUGUUAUUGUAUUUGCAUAUUCAUGUUACCAAUAUUGUUAUCGUAAGAAAUUACGAACAAUACAAAUACCCAACAAGUCAAUCGUUUACUGGUCAUCGUUUAAAACAAUGAAAGGAUUAAAUAUUAUUUCACAAGAUCAUGUUAAAUCUAACUUAAAAAACCAAGAGCAAAAAACAGACAUGAACAAAGAAUGUUUCACACAAAAUGGAUUAGGAAAAUAUAUGAUAGGUCGUAGUGCAACUGAUGGUACUUUAAGUACGCUUGCUGAAUCCUACCCAGGAUCAAAUAAAAAUGAAAAAUGUACUUCAGAUAUCAAUCAAUCUUCCCUUUAUGUACAAAAUAGACCACUGAUCCCCCAAUCAAUUAGUAGAAACUCACUUCAAUCAAAUGAUUAUAAUUACCAUAGCAAUAAUAAUAAUAAUAAUAGUACAAAAAGUGUCCAUUUUGAUGUACCUAACAGUAAUGAUGAUAAUAAUAAUAAUAAUAACAAUAUAUCACAAAAUUCAAACCAGUAUUACAAAGCACCAUGUGUGAAUUCUAUUAAUCCUCAAUGUUUCGGAUCAUAUUGUGAAACGGUUCCUUUCAUCAAUCAACAACAACAAAUCCAAAUAAAUUGGCAAACUAAUUCUCAACAGUUAAUAUGCUACCCAAUAAUGAAUAAAAGCCAAAUGUUUACUAAUUGUUCACAAACACUAUUUCAUACAAGUCUAUACUCAAAUAUUAAUAAUUCCCAAACACAAAUGUUAAAUGCCGAUAUUGUACCAUAUAAUAAUUUAUGGAGAUCUGCAUCAUUCGGCAACGAAACCGAGCUAUUACAGCCAAUUAAUAAUGAGUUCCAAACAAAUAUACCACAUUCUAUAACUACAACGUUCUUACCAUUACAUCAGCAUCCAUUACAUUAUCAUCAUCAAUAUUCUACCACAACAGCACCGCCACCACCACCACCUUAUCCAAAGGAUCAUAGACUGAUUAACUCAUGUACUGCAUCAAAACAAAUAAAAUAUCACCUGGGAGAGUUGGGAAAAUCAGAUGAAUAUGUUGUAAGAUCUCCUUCAAAGUUAUUACUGAAGAAAACUGUAGGAAAAGAGCAAAAUACUAAGAUGAUCACUAAUUUCAAUAAGAAAACUGGAACAAAGCGUGGUGAUAACCGGAAGCUUUAUAGAAGAAAACAUAAAGAGCAUCUAGGUAUGGUCAACAACCAUCUCAUUCUAGAUCACUAUACCAAAAAUGACAGGAACAGACAUUAUAUUCUUAGUGUAUAUUCUGAUGGUAGUGUAUCAGAAUCAAGCGGUAUGUAUACGGUCAAACACUGUGGGUACCGCAACAAGAAACAUUCAAAACAUUUUGAUAGUAAAGCACAAAUUAUUGACUCUGAUUCUCCUGCUACAACUGAUGUAAGUAUUACUCGUACUAGCAAACGUUCGAGGAAAUGUUUCAACGAACAUUUUAUGCAUACAGAACAUAUUCAACGAGUUAACCAUUCACAUAAACAUAAAACAUGUCAUUUUCAUUCAAAAACACGACCGGAAAAACACACAGAUUUAUUAAACAACAAAAUUCAGUCAUUAAGUGGCAGUCUGUGCAGCACAGCUAAUAACGAUACUAAGUGUGAUAAACGUGUCAGAGAUUUUGAAAAGAAGUUUGAUGCUAAGAUUUAUACUGUACCAUCAUUGAAUGAAAGAUAUACGAUAUCUCAUAGUGAAUCCAAUCCACUGAAUUUAUCUUUCCUAGCAAGAGAGAAUAUAACCAAUAAUAUGAAUCGUUCAUUUUCUUCAUCUGACAUACCUUAUACGAGACAUGGAGAAUACAUUUAAAUGAUCCCAAUCAGCGGAACAUCCUACAGCAGUAUUCAUCUUUACAUCGAGUAAAUACGCUUAUUGUCAAGAAAUAAAAGGGUACACAUUCGGAAUAUUAACAUGAAAUGUGUACAUAUUUUCUCUUAAAUAAUAUUACAUAUAUAAAUAAACAAAUGAAAUUACUUUAAGACACCGUGAGCUGCUGUACAGUACUUUCAUUAGUCAAUCAAAAGAAAAGCCUACCUCAUUCUUAAUAAAUAAAACUCCAUAUUUCUCCUUACUUAAUUAUUAAACUCAGGAAAAUUUUAUAUUACUC